AGGACUAAAGCCGAGCCACCCAGUGAGCGCCAUUUUGAGCUCGCAGCUCUUGACAUGUUAGCUGUAGACGAAGGUGACCGUGUUCAGUAGAAAUGUCUUCUGUGCGGACAGCCAGGAGGAUGUUCUGUGCUGCGGCACAAACAGCAGCUGCUGCGGGUUCAAGCAGCCGCUGGGAGAGGCUGAAGAGCAGCAAAGCGGGUGUGUGGUGUCGCAGCCUGCUGUCCGACUAUAAGGAAGCAUGCAGGGAGAUGGUUGUCAGUGCUUGGGAACGGCCAGUAAAAACCUCCGUAUACGUGACUCUGCUGGGUGGGGCCUGGGCCUGUUUUCACGUAAAACCUGACCAGUCAUCUUUUGAGGCUGCCUUGCUGGAGCGCUCCACCCAAUUGGGCCUUCUGUCCCCUUGGAUCCGUAAUGGCUUCUCUGAUGGCCAUGUUCAAAACCUGGUGAAACUUCGUAAUGACGAUCGGCUCCGCUAUGCCAGCCUGGGACUUCUCUGUGUGGUUUACCAGGCUAACUACGACCCUGACACCAUGCUGUAUGAAGCCCGGUGCUCCAACUUGUCAAUGCCCUGGAGAGAGCUUCCUCAGCGGGUGCUGGACAUCGGCUUCAUUGGCUGCUGGUGGAUACUGGACUCAAAGAUGAAGGACUAUGAUGUCAAUAAGGAUGAAUACAAACACCUCCCGGCGUACAUGCAGGCAACCUCACCCCCUGGCCCUCAGGAGGUGGAGAGGAAUGAGAGGUUACACAGGGAUUCCUGGUUACCGCUGACGAUGGAGGACAAGGAGGAAGAAACAACUGUUGUGGACAGAAUGGAGAAUUGUUGGAUUCAACUUGAACACUGGAUUUCCAGCCUGAAAAAGAAACUUCUAUUUUAGUUUCUUUGUUUUUUACACGGUAUGUUGGUGAAUAUUUUAUACCAUGUAAAUAAAUCUGCCACCUUGAACCACA